AUUUUGAAACAGGAAGUGAUGUUGGAAUUUUAUUUAUCGCUCACUCAAGUCUUGUACUAAUUUUCGGUCGAUAAAUUUUAAACAAUAAUUUUCCAAGUGCCACAAAGGCAAGAGGGAAGAUUAAAUGAUGAAUCACAAGAACAAUAAGAAAGUUGAUUGGACAGCGGUAGUUCUAACAUGCCAGAGCAAAGACAAUGCUCAUCAAUUUCAAAUAGAAUUGGAGACGAGACAGAGAAAAGGCUACUUUCCUCGUUCAACUCUUGUUCUUACGGUUGAGGACCCAAAAGAUCAUGUUGGCAGUGGUGGGGCAACUCUCAAUGCUCUUCUCGUUAUUGCAGAGCAUUUAAGUGCUAAAAGAGGAUUUACUGUAGUUAAUCCGGAUGUGCUACAUAAUGCUCAUAUAUUAGUUUUACAUAUGGGUCGAGAUUUUGCUUUUGAUCCUUUAGGAAGAGCAUUUGCAACUUUGCCACUCGCUUUAAAAGAUUCUUCAAAGCCAAUUGGUCUUGUAUCGAAUUUGGACGUUCUUAUCGAAAAUAUAAGUUCAAUGUUGGCCAUCGACUCACCACCAGGUGUUUGGGUUGGUAGUUUGGAUCUCUUUCUGGACAUUGAAGAGAGUAUUAAAGUCGGAACUGAAGAUGUUUGUGCUAUAAUUGUACCCGCUCCUAUUGACUAUGCCAAAUGUCACGGCGUCUUUGAAGUUGAUAAAAAGGGACGUCUUUUGGAUAUGAUUUAUCAAGGGUCGGACGAAAAGUUAAGACAAGUAUCGUUGGGAAAAGAUACAGUUCCUGUUAUAUCUGGUGUAAUGUUUUUCAACACAAAAAUGGCAGAGAAAAUGAUAUCCUUCCAUACAAUGCCGCCUCUAGACGCCUGUACAUAUAUGGGCUUGGACACCGGAUCGACGCCAAUUGAAUUGUCGAUAUUCUUCGACUUUAUGAUCGCAAUGUGUCUUAACGUAACACAAGAAUCGUUUGUAUCUGGUGAAAGGUCUGUUCCUUACGGUAAAUCGAGGAGAAGGAUGACACCUGAAAAAGCGAGAUUACUGAGAUCGGCUAGAGGCGUUCUUUGGCAACAACUUCACGGAACUGUCGCCGUUGCCAGAGUUAUCAAGGGAAAACAUAGCUACAUGAACGAUUUAGCUCUUGUUCAUCAUCGUCAUAUGCUCUCUAAUCCUUUUCAAUCAGCCAAAUCUUACAAUUGGCUAAAUCAAUGUCACGCUAAAGUUACUGGAAUUCAAUCGGAAGACAGUGUUGUUAUAAAUAGUACUGUUACCUGUGACAUACCGAAAAAAACCGUUAUUUCUCAUUCGAAUAUAGGAUCUGGUAUGACUAUCGGUGACAAUUGCAUUAUUAACGGUGUUGAUUUACCAAAUUUUGAACAAACUAUCCCUUCGAAUUCUGUAAUUUCUUCCUUCCGUAUCCGGCUACCAACUAUGGGUUGCGGAGGGAACGUCGUUACAACAAUUCUUGGUUUACAGGACGACGUGAUGCUAUCGAUAUCUUCUCCCGAAAGUACAUUUGUUAAUAUACCUUGGUGUGAAUUCUUUAAAAGAACCGAUAUAAAAAAGGAAGACUUAUGGGAAAAUGUCUCCGAUUUGCAGAAUUGUUGCUUAUUAAAUGCUAGACUAUUUCCGGUAUUCCAUCCUCUUCACCCUAUUACAGCGUCGGACGUACUGUGGUUUGCCACCAAUAUCGAAAGUAACGUUGAAAAAUGGAGACAAUCGUGGAGAUUAUCGUUAAAAGAUAUCCUUAUGUUUGUCGAUGUAUCCUCGGAAUUCGCUUGGAGACGGCAAGUUUUCUCUAAAGUAACCGAAUAUAAAGUUGAAAAGACGCUUUCAGGAAAGUUCGACAACGGACUUGGCAAUCUAUACAUUUCGGCUUGUAUCGACGGAUACGAAGGUCAAAUUUUAAAUGUUCUCGAUUCUGUGGCAAUUAACUCAAACGAUCCUGGUAUGGCUGCUAGAUCUCUGGCUAACAUUGCUGACGUUCUCGGUUUUAUGGUCGAAUCUAGAGGUGGUUUAAGGAGUGGACCAGCUGGAAAUAGGCAGUGGGCUAAAGCAUUUAAUUAUCUCGAAAAAGGUAAGAUUCCCGAAGGCGUUAUGGCCUUAACCGAAGAGAGGAAUAAAUGGAUUGGACGCGUAGAUUUAUUAGUAAGAACGGCAAGGCAUUACGAAGGCGCUGCUCAGAUUCUUAUUCGAAAAGCCGUUGAGACUGGAAAAGAGUUUAUUAGACUAUCGCAGGCAACAGCACCUCCGGUUGAUACCUGGAUAAAAGCAACAUGUCCAGCCAGAAUAGACUUUAGCGGAGGUUGGUCCGAUACUCCUCCAAUCUCCUACGAAAACGGAGGAAAAGUCACAAAUAUGGCAAUAAAAGUGGACGGAAAGAGGCCAAUCGGAGCGAAAGCUAGAAGAAUAGCCGAAUGUAAGAUUAUAUUUCGUAGUUUGGACAAGGACGCAGUUGAAAUAGUUAUUGAUGACGUUAAUCAGUUGAAGGAUUAUAAUCAACCGCACGCUCCUGGAGCUUUAAUAAAAGCGGCGUUGAUUUGCAGCGAAAUUCUAAAUUUAGAGACUCCUUUAGAGGAUCAAUUAACCAAUGGUGGCUAUGAAAUAGUUUCGUGGAGUGAUUUACCUCGUGGAUCAGGUUUGGGAACGAGUUCAAUUCUUGCUGGAGCUAUCCUGGCUGCUCUAUGGACGGCGGCUGGUUUCAAAUACACGGUCAAAGAUAUACACCAUACUAUUCUCUAUUUAGAGCAGAUGCUAACAACUGGAGGAGGAUGGCAAGAUCAAGUGGGAGGUUUAUGCCCUGGUGUAAAGAUUGGUUCAACAAAAAAAGGUUUUCCAGUAGAAAUAAAAUCAAAGCAAUUAAAGAUAAGCGAACGAACUGAAGCGGAAUUAAACGAACGACUUCUUCUUGUUUAUACUGGAAAGACUAGAUUGGCCAAAAAUUUACUUCAGAACGUCAUAAGAAAUUGGUUUGCUAGAAAUCCGAAUAUUGUUCAAACUCUCCAGGAGUUGGUUGCAACGGCUGAAAAAUGCGCAGAAUGUUUCGAAAAAGGAGAUUUGGCUGGUAUUGGCGAAUGUUUAAAGAAAUACUGGCAAAUGAAGCAGUUCGUCGCUCCCGGAUGCACUACUAUUUGGAUUAACGAGAUGCUGGAAGCUCUUAGUCCAUUGGCUCACGGGAUGUGUAUGGCUGGAGCGGGUGGUGGUGGUUUCCUUUACGUUCUCAUGAUAGAUCCCGAUAUGCAUGAAAUGGUCAACAACAUGUUGAUAAAUCUUGAAGUAAGUAAUAAUUUUUCAAUUCAUCUUUAACCCCGAUUUGUCCAACUCUAUCGUCAUACUAGAGUGAUAGAGCAGCAGAUGAAUCUACUCUAUUUUUAUACGAUAACUAUUGAAAUGGACGCUUCUUUCUUUCUUUCUUUCAAUAGUAAUAAGAGAAAGACGAUGUGUUUUCUUUCUCCUCCUUAAACGCUAAUCAUUUUCUUGCUUUUAAUUGUUGUUUUUGAUAGUGUUGUUGUUGUUGUUGUUGUGGUUUCGUUUUUAUUUUCACACAACCAUUUCUAUUAAUAGUUUAAUACUUUUGACACUUGAGUGAUAUCUGAAGAGUGUAUAAAAUUUGUCUGGGCUAUAAAUGUUUUAUUACUACUAUUAACAUUAUCUAUUUUUAUUGUUAUAGCUUUGGAUGAUUUUUGUUGUUUUUUUUUGAUUUUUAGCCCCGACAAUGUAAACAAGUGCAUUCUAUUUUUAUUAAUGAGUACCAUCUAUUUCUAUAUGGUUUCUUUUUUUCUUUAUUUCCAGGGUCUUACGGACGUGUCGGUUCACAGAACGGAAAUGGACAAAGAUGGACUAAUAGUUACGGUUGGGGAUGAUUAGAAGCUGUCUCCUAUAUAUCUGUGAUAACUACAAAUUGAGAGACAAAAGAGAAAAAUGACGAUAUAUUUCUUUUCUUUGUUAUAAAACCCUUUUGAAUAAAAAUUUGUCAAUUGUCAGUAAUUUGUAGUCUCUCUCUCUCUCUCGUAGUUUAUGCGAAACGUCUUAAUCCUCUUUUUUUCAGAGUCUUUCAGUUCAAGAUAAGACAACAAUAUUUUAUUUUUUUUAUUAUUAUAAGUUAUACAUGAAAUCUUUUUUGAUAUAAAUGAGUUUUCCCCCUAAAUUCUUCUUCUUCAUUAUCAUCAUCAUCAUCUUCUUCCUCUUCUUCGUUUUUCGCAAUAUAAAUCCUAGCUGCACUCUAUUUGUUUUCUUCAUACAUUUUUUUUUAUAAAUGUCAAACUGGUAUUGAUUUCUUAAUUAAAAAAGAAGAGUGCAAACGCUUCUUUAAUGGUUUCUUUCUUAAAUUAAAACAGAAGAUAUCUAGAAUAUAGUUUAUAUAAGUACUGUGGUUGAAUGGAGGGUAUGAAGAACAACUGAUUAAAUGAAUAUCUGGGUGUAGAAAUGAAAGAAUGAAUGAAUGAAUAGAUGAUUGAAUGAAGGAUUGAAUGAAUGAAUGUAUGAAUGAAGGAAUGGCGGCAAAUGAAUGAAUGAAUGAAUGAAUGAAUGCAUGUUUUAAGAUAUAUAUAUAUAUAUAUAUAUAUAUAUAU